AUGGGAACACGUGUGUCAUGUGAACAGACAUGACAAAAACAGCCCUCCUUAAAUUACUUUUAGCAAUAGUGAUCACAUUCAUUUUAAUUUUGCCGGAAUAUUUCAAGACACCAAAAGGAAACAUGUUGGAGCUAUCAUGUCUGGAAGUGUGCUUACAACCUGAUCUUACCUAUUCAUUCUCUUCCUUAAAUUUUUCUGGUGUGACUUUUCUGCAACCAGUAAGGGAAACUGAAACUAUGAUGGGAAUUUUUCUAAAUCACUCCAACUUUCAAAACUUCACCAGGAUAUGCCCUGACAUCACAAGUGAAUUUCAAAUGUGCUCCUCGUGUUUGGUUUGUGAGUCCAAAGGAAACAUGGAUUUUAUUUCUCAGGAACAAACACCAAAAGUUCUUAUCAUGAGAGGGUCCAUGGAAGUGAAGGCAAAUGAUCUUUCACCGUGUCGGCAUUUUAACUUCACUGUAGCUCCUGCAGUUGACCGCUCGGAGGAAUAUAACUUUACCUGUCAUCUACAAACAGGCACCAGAAGCUCAGCAAUGAUGGGGGAAGAGCCAACCGAGGAAAAGUCUAUAGACCAUCCUUGUGGAAUUAUGAAUCACUCGAAUAAUUGUGUGCACAUUUCUUUGCACCUAGAAAUGGAUGUAAAAAAUUUCUCUUGUUCCAUGAAGAUCACUUGGUAUGUGUUAGUAAUAUUAGUUUUUAUAUUUUUGCUCAUCCUCAUUAUCCACAAAAUACUUGAAGUCCAUAGGCGAGUGCAGAAGUGGCAGAGUCAUAAAUACAAACCUUCAUCUGUUCUCUUGAGAAGUGAUUCUGAGAAACUCCGAACAUUGGAAAUGCGGGUAAUUUCAGGAGGGGCCAACCAGAGGCUGCCCUCGACUCAGGUCAAGGUGGUGCUUUCUCCAAUACCAGAACUAGAAGUGCCUUCCACGACCCGUCAGCACGAGCAGUAUACACGAACAUCCUUCUGAAGUCCUCUGAACAAGUUGGACAAAAUCCUUUUGAAGAAUACUCAUAACUUUAUUUUGGGACUGAGUUAACUGGUAAACCUAUGAGUCCAGUUGAGGAUGCACAAUAGGAAAUAGCAUCCUGGCUCGGGAGCACUCAUGGGACACAUGAGAUCAAAGAAAUGAGAGGUUUUUUUCAGGAAGCCAUUAUGAGUCGUGGAAACAAGCUGCUGAAACCCAUGGAGAUAGGAAGGGAAUGCUUAGUCUUCUUGAAUAUCCAUCAUUACAGCUUAGGAUGGCCCCAAGAUUUUGAUUUUGAGGAAUCAAAAAACAGGGUCAGGCUUUUCUCCGCUUGGCUCAGGGUGCAGAUUCUGAUUUGAUGGGUUUUCCUGGCGGAUGGAUUGUUUCUCUUGGCAAGUCACUUCAAAGGGCCUGAGUUGUUUGCUUCUACAUUUGUUUGGAUUUAUAAAUCUUGCCUUUGAAACAUCCUCUGUGGCACUGAGGACGUUUCAAAAAAUUCAAAGACACUAAAAUACAAUGAAUUGAAGUAAAAUUUAAGUGAAACUUCAAUAUUUAAAUUUAAUUCCAAAAUGUGUCCUCUGAUUCCUUUGGCUUUCAUAUGUUUUAUGGAUAUCAUUCAUGUCAGAAAUACUUACAGAGAUUAAUUAUAAGAAAAGCACAUAGAGAUAAGAGGGCAGGUCUUAUCACUGAAAAUUAUAAAACUAUCCUCCCAGAGUUAAGGUGCAAUUUAAUCUUCUGGCAUCAUUAUUUGGUUAAAAUUGCUUAGCUGAGUAGAAUUCCAGACUUGGGAAUUCUGCUAGUCUCACGUUUUCUUGUCGGUGUAGCCCUGAUUCACAAGUGAGUCAGGCUCAGUUCUGGAAUAUUCAGCAGGAGUUAAGGGGGUGUCACACUCCAUGAGGAAUGGAUAUUAUACAAUUUCUGAGAAGCCAAGGUAUUGUUUCCUUGCACAUCCUCUAUUAAGUUCAGACAAGUGACUUGGAAAUCAAUGGGAGCUUGGCUUACAAUAGGCAUAAAUUAAGAUUCAAGUUCUGCUAAAUUGUGUCAGCUUUCUGGAAGCUAAUUUCACUUAUUUAUUCAAAUAAUAGACUUUAACAGGCAUUCUGAAGCAUUCAAAACAGUGUUGGCCUGCUCUCUGCCCACAGAGUUUACAAGGUGGUGGAGGAGAUAGGUAUAAUACUACUGGUUAUAAUACUAGACACAAUACGGUAAGGUAAGUGUGUAAUUUGCAGGCCCCAUGCUUCCUGCUGAGAAUUCACAGGCCAUUAGUAUCUGUUAGAGUCCGUUCUCUUUUCUGUCUACAUCUUUCUUAAGAAUCUCCAGCUAUUGAUGCGAUUCUGAUGAGUGGUGAUUUUAGGACGAGUGAAAGUAAGUUCUUACAUUUAAAAAAAAUCUAAAUAAGGUAUGUCAUCAUUACCUCAGAGGUAUGACAACCAAAAGACACAUUAAAAAAAAAAAUCUCUGUGAACUAGAAAUCCUGUAAUUCAGUAAAGGCAGGGUAGUGAUCCAGAGACAUGGAAGCAUGCAACAAAUUGACGAU